AUGGAUUUGAUUGACAUUUUACUACUCUUGGCGGCGGCAGUCUUCCUUCGCCUCUGGUGGCGCCACUUGUCAUCGACCAAAGGCGGCGGCCCAAAAAAUCUCCCGCCGGGCCCACCGGGCUGGCCCCUCGUCGGCAACCUCUUCCAAGUUAUCCUCCAGCGGCGGCCCUUCAUCUUCGUCGUCCGCGAUCUCCGCAAAAGAUACGGGCCCAUCUUCACAAUGAAAAUGGGCCAGCGAACCCUAGUGAUUGUGACAAGCUCGGGCCUGAUCCACGAGGCCCUCGUGCAAAAGGGCCCAAUCCUUGCGAGCCGGCCCGCUGACUCCCCCAUCAGACUCAUAUUCAGCGUGGGCAAGUGCGCCAUCAACUCGGCCGAAUAUGGGCCCCUCUGGCGCGCCCUGCGCCGCAACUUCGUGACGGAGCUGAUCAACCCGGCCCGGAUCCGGCAGUGCGGGUGGAUCAGGAAUUGGGCCGUGGAGAACCACAUGAAGAGGCUUGAAGACGAGGCCAGGCGGGCCGGGUACGUGGAGGUUAUGGCCCACUGCAGGCUCACCAUAUGCAGCAUCCUCAUUUGCUUGUGCUUCGGGGUGAAGGUUUCGGAGGAGAGGAUUAAGGUCAUCGAGGCCGUGCUAAAGGACGUCAUGCUGAUGACGGCACCGCAGCUGCCGGAUUUCCUCCCGGUGCUCACGCCGCUUUUCCGCCGCCAGGUGAAGAAAGCAAAGGAGCUUAGGAAAAAGCAGCUGGACUGCCUGAUCCCAUUAAUUAGGAACAGGAAGGCCUUUGUCGAGAACCCGGACGGGCCCACGGCAGCCGAGAUGGCGAGCCCAUUAGGUGCAGCCUAUGUGGACUCGCUCUUUGGGCUUGAGCCUCCGGGCCGGGCUGCGCUGACGGAGGAGGAGAUAGUGACGCUGUGUUCGGAGGCCAUCAAUGCCGGCACGGACACCAGCGCCACCACCCUCGAGUGGGCCCUGCUCCACCUGGUCCAGGACCAGGAGAUCCAGGAGAGGUUAUAUAAGGAGAUCGUGGGCCAGGUGGGGCCCAAUGGGACUCUAACCGAGAGUGACGUGGAGAAUAUGCCGUAUCUCGGGGCCAUUAUCAAGGAGACGUUCAGGCGGCACCCACCUAGCCAUUUUCUGCUCUCGCAUUCUGCCACGAAAGAAAUCGAGCUAGGAGGGUACACAAUCCCAGCCGACGCGUACGUCGAGUUCUACACAGCGCACCUGACGGAGGACCCGGACAUGUGGCAAAACCCUAACGAUUUCUGGCCAGAAAGGUUCCUAGCGGGGGAUGGAGUGGAUGUCGAUAUCACGGGCACCAAAGGGGUAAAGAUGUUGCCGUUCGGGGCGGGUCGGAGGAUUUGCCCCGCGUGGAGUCUCGGAGUCCUCCACUCGAGCCUACUGCUCGGGCGGAUGGUCCAGGCGUUCAAGUGGGUCCCAAUACCCGACAACCCACCCGACCCGACCGAGACCUUUGCAUUUACGGUGGUCAUGAAGGACCCGCUUAAGGCAAUAAUUUUGCCCCGGGCAAGGGUUUUGAAUGAGGACACAUGA